GAAUGCUUCUUAUAAAAAGGAAAUAGAAGAUGAACCAACCUAGUACACAGGUAUCAAAAUGGGCAAACUACUCCUUCUGACUGGUCUGGCUCUCCUGCUGCAUGUGCAGCUGGGUGCAUCUACCAAUAUUGUCUGCUACUUCACCAACUGGUGCCAGUAUAGACCUGGUAUUGCACGUUACAUGCCCGAAGAUCUUGACCCAUGCCUAUGUACUCAUGUCAUCUAUGCUUUCGCUGGCAUGGCAAACAACCAGAUCCAGACCAUCGAGUACAAUGAUGUGGCUCUCUACGGUGGCAUCAAUGGACUCAAAACCUACAAUCCUGACCUGAAAACCUUGCUGUCUGUUGGAGGCUGGAACUUUGGUACCCAAAAGUUUUCUGACAUGGUUUCCUCUGCUCAGAACCGCCAGACUUUCAUUCAGUCUGCCAUCUCCUUCCUGCGCAAGUACGACUUUGAUGGGUUGGAUAUUGACUGGGAGUACCCUGGCAACAGAGGCAGCCCCGCUGAUACCCAACAACUUUUCACAGUCUUGCUCAAGGAAAUGUAUGAAGCUUUUGAACAGGAGGCUUCUCAAACCAACAAGCCCAGACUGUUGAUCUCUGCAGCUGUGUCUGCUGGUGUGGGCACCAUUGAGACUGCUUACCAGAUCCCAGAGAUGUCUAAGUACAUGGAUCUGAUCAAUGUAAUGACUUAUGACCUCAGAGGAUCCUGGGAAGGUUUCACUGGUGAGAACAGCCCUCUCUAUGCAGGCCCUGAAGACCAAGGCUCCUAUAUUUACUUCAAUGUGGACUAUGCUAUGAACUACUGGAAGAAGAAUGGUGCACCAGCUGAGAAGCUGAUGGUGGGAUUUGGAGCCUAUGCUCGCACCUUCACCCUGAGCAACCCUUCUAACCAUGGCCUGGAUGCACCAACCUCUGGGCCAGGGAGAGGUGGGGCCUACACCCAAGCAGCUGGGACGCUGGCCUAUUUUGAGGUCUGUACCUUCUUGAAGGAGGGUGCCACUGUUGUGUGGAAUGCUCCUCAGGAAGUCCCUUAUGCCUAUAAAGGAAAUCAGUGGAUUGGCUAUGAUAACCCUAAGAGUUUUGGUAUCAAGGCUAAGUGGCUGUUGGAGAACAACUUCGGAGGAGCCAUGGUCUGGGCUAUUGAUUUGGAUGACUUCACUGGCACAUUCUGUGGGGAAGGCAAAUACCCCUUGAUGAAUGCCUUGAAAUCUGGAUUGGGAGUCACCACACCAAACUGUAAGGUGCCUGCAACAACCCUUGGCACUAAUGCUAAUCAGCCUGCCCAGGCUACAACAGCAGCCCCGUCUGGUGGUGGAAGCUCUGGUGGAAGUGGAAGUGGAAGCUCUGGUGGCAGCGGGGGCAACUUUUGCAAUGGAAAAGCCAGUGGCCUCUACCCAGAUCCCACUGACAAGAAUAGCUUCUACCAUUGCGUGAAUGGAAAGACCUACCAACAAUAUUGCCAGAGUGGUCUUGUAUUUGAUGCCAGCUGCUCCUGUUGCAACUGGGCAUGAAGAGAACAGCCACAGAGUAGUACACACACCUUCCACUGCAGUAAACAGCAAGGAAAGAAUUCAGCACAAUAAAUAAAGAUGCAUUGCAUUCAAA